AGGUCUUGACGCACUGACGGGUCACGGAGUCAAAGUGUAAAAGGUUCCCAGGAUGUAAGCGAUACGGGACUGAUACGAUGCUGCCUCUUGUGUUUUACUGUUGGAUCAGUUACAAUUUUCUGUGCUGAGAUCAUUCUGGAAACUCAAACACUAGACUUCAGCAUUGAAGGGAAGCCAAAGUCAUCAGAGGGGGGAUAAAGCCAAGAGCUUUUCUUUGAACAAACAAAUAAGUUUGUUCUAAAAAUUUUACUGCCCCCUCCCUACGUACCCCCCACCCCAAAAUAAGCCAUUGCACACAGACAGGCACCAUGGCCAGCAAACGAAAAUCCACAACCCCGUGCAUGGUUCGGACAUCACAAGUACUAGAACAAGAUGUGCCCGAGGAAGGAGACAGGGCCAAAGAAAAAGGGAUCAGCACGCCACAGCCUGAAAUGGCCAAGGACAGUUGGGCAGCGGAACCUGAAAACUCUUCCAAAGAAAAUGAAGUGAUAGAGGUGAAAUCGACAGGGGAGAACCCAUCCAAAAAGCUCCAAGGUGGUUAUGAGUGCAAAUACUGCCCCUACUCCACGCAAAACCUGAACGAGUUCACGGAGCACGUGGACAUGCAGCACCCCAACGUGAUUCUCAACCCCCUCUACGUGUGUGCCGAAUGUAAUUUCACAACCAAAAAGUACGACUCCUUGUCUGACCACAACUCCAAGUUCCAUCCCGGGGAGACCAACUUCAAGCUGAAGUUGAUCAAGCGCAAUAAUCAAACUGUCCUAGAGCAGUCCAUCGAAGCCACCAACCAUGUCGUGUCCAUCACCACCAGUGGCCCGGGGAGCGGUGACGGCGACCCUGGGAUCUCUAUGAGUAAAACCCCCAUCAUGAAGCCAGGGAAACCGAAAGGUGAUGCCAAGAAGGCGCCCAAGAAGCCUGAGGACACCACCCCUGAGAACCAUGUGGAAGGGACUGCCCGCCUGGUGACAGACGCAGCUGAGAUCCUCUCGAGACUUGGAAGUGUGGAGCUGCUCCAGGAGUUAGGGCAUGUCAUGCCUUCUGUCCAGCUCCCACCAAAUAUCAACCUUGUCCCCAAGGUCCCCGUCCCGCUGAAUACUACCAAAUACAACUCUGCCCUGGACACGAACGCCACCAUGAUCAAUUCCUUCAACAAGUUCCCUUACCCGACCCAGGCUGAGUUGUCCUGGCUGACAGCUGCGUCCAAACACCCAGAAGAGCACAUCAGAAUCUGGUUUGCAACCCAGCGCUUAAAGCACGGUAUCAGCUGGUCCCCGGAGGAAGUGGAGGAGGCCCGGAAGAAGAUGUUUAAUGGCACCAUCCAGACAGUCCCCCCGACAAUCACUGUGCUGCCCACCCAGCUGGCCUCCACAAAGAUAUCACAGCCCAUCCUCCAGACAGCUCUACCAUGCCAGAUCCUUGGCCAGACCAGCCUCGUGCUGACUCAGGUGACCAGCGGGUCAACAACCGUCUCUUGCUCCCCCAUCACGCUUGCCGUGGCUGGAGUGACCAACCAUGGCCAGAAGAGACCUUUAGUGACUCCCCAAGCUGCCCCCGAGCCCAAGCGUCCACACGUCGCUCAGGUGCCAGAGCCCCCACCCAAGGUGGCCAACCCUUCACUGACCCCGGCCAGCGACCGCAAGAAGACAAAGGAGCAGAUAGCCCACCUCAAGGCAAGCUUUCUCCAGAGCCAGUUCCCUGAUGAGGCUGAGGUCUACCGACUCAUCGAGGUAACCGGCCUCGCCAGGAGUGAGAUCAAGAAGUGGUUCAGUGACCACCGGUAUCGGUGUCAAAGGGGCAUCGUCCACAUUACCAGCGAAUCCCUUGCCAAAGACCAGAUGGCCAUCUCGACCUCCCGACACAGUCGCACAUACCAUCCCUACCCAGACUUUGCCCCACAGAAGUUCAAAGAGAAAACACAGGGUCAGGUUAAAAUCCUGGAAGACAGCUUUUUGAAAAGCUCUUUUCCGACCCAAGCAGAACUGGAUCGGCUGAGGGUGGAGACCAAGCUAAGCAGGAGGGAGAUCGACUCCUGGUUCUCUGAGAGGCGGAAGCUCCGGGACAGCAUGGAGCAAGCGGUCUUGGAUUCCAUGGGGUCUGGCAAAAAAGGCCAGGAUGGGGUGACCCCCAACGGUGCUCUGUCUCGACUUGACCAGCUCUCCGGUGCCCAGCUGGUCAGUUCUCUGCCCAGCCCUUCACCAGCAAUUACAAAAAGUCAAGAACAGGUUCAUCUCCUGAGGAGCACAUUUGCAAGAACCCAGUGGCCUACACCCCAGGAGUAUGACCAGUUAGCAGCAAAGACUGGCCUGGUCCGAACUGAAAUUGUGCGUUGGUUCAAGGAGAACAGAUGCUUGCUGAAAACUGGGACCUUAAAGUGGAUGGAGCAGUACCAGCAGCAGCAGCACGUAGCGGAGGACCACGGCUACGACACCCUGUCAAGGAAAGCAGCCAAAGCCGUCAUCACCGAGAGCCCAAAGAAUGGGAGCGAGGUGGGUCCACAGUACCACAAGGACCCCAAAAAGCUCUGCGAAGAGGACUUGGAGAAGUUGGUACCCAGGGUGAAAGUGGCCAGCGAGCCAGCAAAAGACAGUUUGCAGGCAAAGCCCUCAGAGGCCACCUUGGACCGGUCAGAGGGCAACAGCCAAGAUGGCCAGGGUAGUGACGAAAACGAGGAGUCGGGCGUUGUGGAUUGGGUGGAGGUGACAGUCGGAGAGGAAGAUGCCAUCUCUGACCGGUCAGACAGCUGGAGUCAGACUGCCCCCGAAGGCACCGCAGAGCUGGCCGACUCGGACUCCGACAGUGCCCCUGCCGAGGCUGGCCAGGCCUAGACAGGAAAGCCGGACAGAAUUGCUGGGCUGAUACAGGAGAUGCUCUGUCUCUGAAGAAAGAAGAGAACUUCCCUCCCAGGCCUGCAGUGGGCCACCUGGCCAGAGACUCCAAGCAGAACUACUCAGCUGGCCUGUCCCUGCAGGAGCAGGAACCCAGGCGCCUCCCAGAGGACCGGUGGGAAUUGUUUAUCGUGCCAAAGUCCUACUACUGCGUUUUCAAUGGGUCCUUGUAAAUAGUUGGCUCCUCUGCCCUGUCUCCCACCUCUUGCUCUACUGGAACCAAUUUGUACAAUGUGGGAAUUUUGCUACCUUUUUAAUCGUGGGCCAUUUCCAUCUCCAGCACUACCAUCAGCAGGUUUUUUCCAGGAGGGGGGGUCUGAUCACGCGUGCUUUUUUCUUUCUUCCUUUUAUUUUUUAUUUUUAUUUUAUUAAUUUGGGGGAGGGGUAAUAUUAGCAUUAGUACCAUUAUAUCUACUGGAUUUUAGGUAGGGAGAGUUCAUUUUAAAAGGUAGUUUGAAAUUUGGGAGAUUUCUCGGGGAGAAGGCAUCAGUCUCAACUUGGAGAGAGUUUACAGAUGGCAGAUCUUCCAAAUCGAAUCCAUUUCCACUCCCCCCCCCAGCCGCCUCUGUGUGUCGCUACACAGGCCUUUCUGAACGGCCUCCUACAGGUCUGGUUUCUCAGUGGCCUGACCUCUUAGUCGGACCUUGGGUCUAACCAGCGCUGGGAUACCUGGGGAGCAGGUGGCUGUCCUUUUUAAGCACCUUUUUAGAUACCCGCAGAGAGGGCUCCCACUUUCUUAGCAUUAUCAUUACUUUUGUGAAAUUACAACAAAAAGAGAUCUUCCUAUCUCGAUGGUACAAAGAUGAACCGCUUUGGUUUUCAUUUCUGUUCCUAAUUGCCUUUUUCCAGUGUGGUGUUUGACAAGAUUUCAGCUUGAAGCCUCACCAUGAAUUGAUUUUUUGUUUGUGUGUUUGUUUUGGGCCAAUUUUAGAUUCCUGAGUGCACUUUCCUGCCCAGUUAGCCCUAACUUUUAUUAAAGAAGAAAAACCAGGAGACGUUUCUGGUGUAAAUGUUGCAAUAUGAAUUGUGUUUGCAACCCACCCACCCCCAUUUGAGUACAUUGCACAAAUAAAAUGCUAGGGAGUUUGGAAAACAAACAAUUUUUCUAACUUGUUGCUCCUUUGUUGUAACUCAAUAAAGCAAAGACUAAACAUUUUUAUAACCUUUU